AUGGCAGGUUUGGAUGCUGACAAGGCAGCUUCUUUUGAGGAGGAUGCAAGGGAAGAAAUUCAGAAAACGCUGAAAAGAACCCACGAGGAAGAUGUUAUUUUUCUUCAAGGCGUUCGUUCAGCGACAGUUCAUUGGGUGCGUGCGUUGCCCGUACUCUCUUCGUGCUUUCGCAAAUUCUGGGAAACCGGCGUCGUUGCCGGAAAUGCCACAGACUUACAUGAUCUAGGAGAAGGCGGAUACGGACGCGUGAAUCCGUUGUUUGCCAUCUCUUCAGCGCCAACUGGAAAAUUUGCAGUUCACUACGGCAGCGACCCACUACUUGCAUUCCACCUUGCCAGCGCAUUCGAUGACGAAACAUGUUCGUAA